AUGGUGCUGGUGCUGGCCUGCAUGAUGGUGCAGGCGCUGUGGGUUGACACGGUAGGCGCGGCAACAGUGACAGUGACGACAACGGCCGAGCUGACCAACGCCAUCAACAACGCUGCUGCGGGUGACGUCAUUCAGCUGCAGGGCGGGACGACAUUUGCGUACUCGGGCAUGACGCGGAUCACUUGCGAUGCAGAUGGCACGGCCGCAAACCCGAUCACGGUCCAGGGCCUGUCGGGCUCCAAGCUGACGUGGAGCCACACGUCGAACUACAUCGAGGGCUUUGUGGUCGAGGGCAAGCACUGGCACUUUCGCGAUCUGGACAUCCAGGGCCUCUGCACCUCGGCCAACCAUCGGUACUGCGAGCAUGCCUUCCACGUGGUCAAAGACGCCGACUUUUUUGUCCUCCGCGACUCCAAGGUCGUCGACUUUAACGCGCAGGUCAAGCUCAACGGCGCCGGGCCCAACACCAACACGUUCCCGGACGACGCCCUCUUCCUCAACAACGAGAUCUAUGACACGGCGGGGCGCGCCACUUCGAACCCGGUGACCAAGUUCAACAUUGAUGGUGGCUACCGCCACGUGGUCCGUGGCAAUCUCAUCUACGACGGCCAGAAGCUCCAAGGCAACACCGUAUCGUACCAGACGUUCAUCAAGUCGAAUGCUCAGUUUGGUGUGUACGAGGACAACCUCAUCAUCUGCUCUCGAUUCCACACCGGCGGCGUCCGCAUCGGCAUGUCGUUUGGCGGCGGCGGGACCUCGCCCGACUCGAUCUGCAUGGAUCUUACGUGUAACCCCGAGUCGCGCGAUGGCAUCAUGCGCAACAACAUCGUCGCCAACUGCAACGACGUUGGCAUCUACCUCAAUGAGGCUCGCGACACCAAGAUCUACAACAAUCUCUUGUUUGCCACCAACGGCAUCGACGUCCGCUUCGCCACCUCGACCGCCGACAUCCGCAACAACAUCGUCGCCGGCGGCUCCAUCCGCAACCGCAACGGCGGCACCUCAACAACCUCGGCCAACUGGAUCACCACGCCCGCCAACGCGCAGACCGCCUUUACAGACCCGGACAACUACGAUUUUACUCUCUCGACCGACACAUCGCUCCGCUCUAGCUUUAUCGACGCCGGCGAGGUCGUGGCCGAGGUGACCACCGACUACUGCGGCCGCACAUGGACAGCUCCCCGCGACAUUGGCGCGCUCGACUACUCGCGCGGCCCAUGUGAUACCACCGACCCCCGCAACGUUGUCGUGCCGCCCUCGCCACCGCCAUCACCGCCGCCGCCCUCGCCCUCGCCGUCGUCAUCGCCCUCGCCGCCGUCGUCGCCCUCGCCGCCAUCAUCACCCUCGCCGCCAUCGUCACCCUCGCCGCCGUCGUCACCGCCGCCGCCACCGCAGGGCGGCGCCACCGCUGGCGCUGUCGACCAGGCUACUGCGCCCAACUCGGAUUCGGGCACAGGCUCGACCGUCGCCGUUGUCGGCGCCAGCAUCGGAGUUGUCAUCCUCUGCCUUGUUGCCGUCGUUGUAGUCCUAGUCGUCCGCUCCCGGCGGCAAGGCUCGUCAUCUGCCGAGUACAAGGCCGACGACGGCAUGUCUUUCGAGCUUGCGUCGGCCGAGCCCUACACGCACAGCGCCUCGCUGCCGCCCACGCCUGCUGCGCGGCCGAUGGCCGCAAAGCCCAAGCCGCUGCCCAAGUCCGGAGCUGAUCCGCUGGCGCCCAAGCCGGCUCCCAAGCCGCUCCCGCCCAAGCCGUCCCAGACUCGCCGGAUGAAGUUUGAGUUUACCGCCGGCGCCGACGACGAGCUCGCCCUUGCGGCCGGUGCAGAGGUCCAGAUCAUCGAGGAGUUUGAUGACGGCUGGGCCGCCGCCUGCUCGGUCGCCACCGGCGAGCGUGGCAUCAUCCCUGUGGCCUACCUCGAGUGA